AAUAAAGUAGCACACGAAAAUUACCAGGAGUACAGUAUUCAUGUUGAAUUAAUAACCUGCAUGUACAGGUAUAUACAAAUGAAAAGAAAUCAAUGAAAUUCAAGAUUAGAAUUUAAACCAGUAGCAGCUUCUUUUUAAUUUCAACACCUGCAGAAUUACAAUUCUCCAUUAAGGUUUCCAUUUCAACUUCAAAACACUUGGAACUGGAAGCAAGAACUAUGGGGAGGAAGAGCUACAUGUUAAAAAUAACAAAAUAUUUUGUAAUGGGUGUUUUUAUCUUUAUAUCAUUGAAUGUGCUACUUAGUGUUAUUCCUCUUACUAAUCAGGCAGAAUUGACAAAGACUAGUCAAAUCCAGCAAGAGAAUCACAACAUUGUCAAAGAAAACUUGCAUGGAAAUAGUGAUGUCUUGUAUGUCAAGGUCAAAGAAUUGGCUGAACUUGUUGUUGAAAUUCAACACGAAGCAGAUAAGGAUGACAAAAUCAGGAAACUUGCAGAGUAUUCAUUAAAUAAAAUUACCGAAAUUCUGAACACUCUUAAACCAGGUUUGGAUACAGUGGAUUCGCUUAAUACAAUACAACCAAAACCAGGUGAAACUACGAAAACAAUACAAAAUCCAAAUCAGGAUUAUUUUCAUAACAACAAAGACAACAUACACACUUAUUCCAAUGAACAAGGAGUGUUUAAGAAAACCAAUGAUAUGGUCCAAAAUAAAAAUCCAGAUAACUACAUACUAAGUGAGGUUGACCCUGACAAACUUUACACAGUUUGUCCAGAGAAGUAUACAAGCAGAGCCUACUUUGAUUUGAGAUAUGAUCUUUAUCCAAACUUGUUUGAGAAAUUACCAUGUCGACAUAGUCCUAAAUCAUUGCUGGUAACCAUGGUGAUGAAUCUAGCUUCAUAUCCAAACAAGGAAAUGAUACAAACUGUGGAAAGAAUCUCACAAGGUAUGGUUCAAUAUUUUCCUGAUAUACCAGUUAAAAUAGCGAUACGCAAGACACAUACUCAACCAACAAAGAGUCAUAAGCAAUUUGAGUUUAUCUCAUACUCCUCACAUCAGGCUGACAUAUGGAAUGAUUUAAUUUUACGAGUGGACACCCCAAACGUUUUAGUAGCCCGAAACAUUGAUUUAAUAACGGAUGAUAUAGCGCUGGAUAGAUUAAUCCGAGAGAUUGAUGAUUUAGACGUGCCUAUUAUAGGUGGAGCUUUAAGGACACCAGACGGCCACUGGAAUAUGGGAUGCCAGCAGACAGUGUUUAAAAACUAUACUGUUUCAUAUAAAAGUGGAUACAAACAAUCGAAGCAUGAUUGCAUAUAUUGUGACCACAUCCAGGGAUCAUUUCUUGCUAAAACAUCAUUCCUGAAAAAAAUUAAAUUCCACACUGGUAUGCGAAAUUCCCCUGGCUUGUUUGAGACUUUAUUCCUGGAUACGAAACUAUUGUCAGACAGGAGGCUAGCUGUUUGUCCAGAUAGUAUGUUUCAUACAAGACACACAAAAAUCCACAAGAGAAAGGAUUGGAUCCCAUUUGCUGCAUACUGGGGUAUAAAUAAAUUAAACCUUCCUGACGGGGUGAGUUUUCAUUUUACGUGUCAGGAGAGUAAUACUGUGAAGGAGACUGAAAUUGGCAUGGCAACACCACCCUGUCAGUUACAGGAGCUAGCAGAUGCUAUUAAAACAGUAAUGUCCAUUUGUAAUGAAAAUAAAAUCAUUCUGGAAAUUACUGCCGGGACAUUAUUAGGAGCCGUCAAAUUCAAUAAGAUACUACCAUGGGAGCUUGAUGCUGAUAUGAUAUUCUUAACCAAUCAAAUUGAGGCAUUUUCACAGCUUAGCGAAGAGUUUGAAAAUGCUGGUUAUAUUUUCGAUAUACGUCAAAAUACAUCCAACAUAUGGGACAGUUACAUUAUUGACAUUUAUACUUAUUUUUGGCAUAUUGAAAUCUUUGGGCAUCCCAGAAUGCAAUCUGAUGAAAUGUUACAAAAGAGACAGAUCCCGACAAAGGUUCUACUGGAUGGUCAAUGGGUGAAUGCACCUACAAAUCCAGGGGCUAAUGUUAGGAAUUAUGCAUGGCCAGAAAUAUACCGCCAUGCACAGCAUUUGUUUGAUGUCGGAGCCAUGAGUCAGUUUGAACUUUAUGAUACAAGCAAGUUCACACCGUGUCCUAAACCUGGUAACAUGAACUGUUUGGAUCAGUAUAAUACAGAUGGGAGUCUACAGUUUGAACAAAUCAACUUUUAGUAUAAUCCUUGUAGUGAGUCGUAUAUAGUGUUAUGAUGGUGUAAUUUCCGAGCAGAUCUUUGUUAAAAAUAAUAUCAUACUUCACUGAUUGCCUACCUCUCUUGGUUCGUAAAGUAAAUCUAUGAGAUUUUCAUCAAUAGGUGUCUCCACAUAUCUUGUCAUCUUGGAUGCAGUUAACUGAACACUCGUAGAAUGUGACUUAGACCAGGAUGAGGAUGCCACAAGGUUGUAGACUCUGAGAGACUUCCCCUCUGCCAGGACUUGUUGCAAAUCAUCAUUUGGUCUCCAGAUACUAAGUAAUGUACCUGUAAAUAAAUAAUAUAUAAAUAAAUAAAAAAUCAAAUUUUUAAUAAUAAUCUUACAAUUUAUUUGAUUUUGAGUUUCACUUAUUUCAUAAUUCUAGAUACAGUGAAACCAGUAUAUCCGAACACCUCUCUAAUCAGAACACCUCUCAAUGUGAACAAAAAAUUCAAAUAAAUAUUCUUUGAUGUCCUUAUCAUGUUCUGGCAUAAACUUUAUUUUAUUCAUAUUGCUUUUCUCUUUGCUAGCUGACAACUUCAUUUUUAUGUUAAUUCCAUAUUCUGAAGUGUGGCAACAUGUCUUACUUGUAUUACUGUCAAUAUCUUUGGUGUGGCUGCCAGCAAUUCGCACCUUCAGUAAGGGCACAACAUUCCUCUCAUACGACAUCU